AUGCCUCCAGCAACAAGAAGCCAGACCAUGCGAGAAACAGUAGCUACAAGUACAGCGCCAGCCCAAGACCUGCUCGCCCACGAACACAACGUGCGCCUACGAAGACAGACGAGCGAGUCUGCGUCGGUCAACAGAUCACAGACGUCGAUUAGCAGGAACGCCCCAGACGAGCCGCCUCGCUUUACGAUCGACCUCUCCUUGCCGCCCGAGCAACGAUAUCUCGAAGUAUGUGCCGCGUUCAGAGAGCAGAUCCAUGGUCUUACGCCUCUCUUCGAUGAAGUGGUGGGCGAUAUCGUUCGCUUCCUGCCGCUGAAGUGGCUGAAGCGAUUGAGCAAAACAUUGCUGCGGAAAGUGUACGAUUCGGAAGAGAGCAGAGAGUUGCAAGGCAUCAGCAAAGCGACAGGCGUGGAAAUGUACCUCCUCGUCUGCUUCAACGUCUUACUCGACCUCUUCAUGGGCUGUUCCAGUGGAGGUGCAGCGGUGAGAGAGGAAGAAGGUGAGGGUUCGAAGAUGCUACAUUUCAGGACGUUGGAUUGGGGGAUGCCUUCGCUGAGACAGGUGGUCGUACAAUUGGAUUUCACGAUGGAGGCCAGUGGACCGAUUGUGGCUUCUAGUAUCACGUAUGCUGGCUAUGUGGGAGUCUUGACAGGUGUGAGGAAGGAUUUCAGUCUCAGUUUGAAUUUCCGGCCGAGCAGGAACGAUAAGUUCAAGUUCUGGGCGGAUCUGAGGUAUUACUGGCAUCUGUUGAUGGUGUUGCUUGGUAAGAGGCGGAGUAUCUCCAGCGAACUGAGACGCUUCCUCCUACCAACUUGUUCAUCGAGGGCGUGGCUUUCCUCCAAAUCGACGGAGAAGAGCGCGGGGAACGUGCUGCCGUAUCAUGAUGUUGUCAAAGAAGUCAGUGGCCAGGGAGGCAAGCCCCUUACCACCACGGCCUGCUACCUGUGCUUCAGCGAUGGCAACGAGACUACAGUCAUGGAGAAAGACCGCGUAAGCGCAGUUGUGCGAUCGAACGACGAAUUCAUCGCCAUCACCAACAACGAUAUCGACCGCGAAGACGAAGCCGCCAUGAAGCAAGAAGAGUCCACCAAUUCGACUUUCGCAAUGGCACUCGCCGAGAUUGUCGACGAAGCGAAGGACAGGCGGCAAUGCGCGGAACACAACUACCACAAUCUACGCGCCAAGAAAGCAAAGCGAAGCAAGAUGACUGCAGACCCCAAGAGAAUUCUCGAGGUAGAUGAUAUCGUAGAGGUGAGUGUCAUCAGAAAGAACUCCCCGGCAUUUUUCUUGUUGUAUAGCGAAGUGUAUACUGAUAUCCAAUAGAUGGUGCAGAAGUAUCCCACGACGAACGAAACGACGCACUUUGCGUGUGUGAUGGACCCGAAGCUGGGCAUCGUGAGGUGGUGUAGGAGGUGGAAGAAGCCCGUCACGGCCAAGUGGAUUCGAGAGCAUCAGAGUGAGACUUGGUAA